CUGUGCUUUUCCAAUCCGAUUUGCAUAAAAUUAAUGAAUUUUUCAUAAGGUACUUUGCAGUAGGUACCAUCGCCGCUGACUAGGCUCCUGCAAUUGGAAUACUAUAAAUUGAAUGGCUAAUUGAUUCGUCGUCUGCCAUGGGACCGAAAACGACGAUGGAAAAAGUCAAAAGUAAUGUUAUAAAUUAUUGCCGUCCAACUGGCUCGUGUAACAGUCAUUCGCUGGGCACGGGAAAGGGUUAAUCGUGUCGUCGAUUUGUCGUCGUUGGAAACGUUCGAAAUCAUGCAACCAGAGCCGUUAAAAUCGAUUCCGGAAACGUUCGCCGGGGUGGAUGUGUUCAUAACCGGUGGUUCCGGUUUCAUGGGAAAGGUGCUGAUAGAGAAGCUUCUGAGGUCGUGUCCUGACAUUGGAAAGGUGUUUGUGCUGUUGCGCGAGAAGAAGGGAAAGUCCAGCGGUGAACGCGUUCAGGAUUUGGUGGGAGUCCCGUUGUUUGACAAGAUACGGGAGACUUGUCCAGAUGUUAUCCAGAAGCUAAUUCCGAUCGCAGGAGAUUGUUCUCUGCUGAAGUUGGGCUUACACGAGGACAGUCUAGAACAGAUGAAAAAUGUUCAGAUAGUGUUUCACGCGGCUGCCAGUGUUCGAUUCGAUGAUCCUUUGUGCAAGGCUAUUCUGCUGAAUACCCGAGGAACGCGCGAAGUUUUCAGAUGGGCCAAGACGCUGAAGAACCUUCGAGCGCUGGUGCACAUUUCAACGACGUACUGCAAUCCGGAGAUAUUCGAAGUCGAAGAGUGCAUCUACCCAGCCAAGAUGGACUGGCAGAAGGCCAUCGAGAUUGCUGAGCAGAUGGAUCCGGAAGUCGUGGAAACGUUGUCUCAGAAAUUGACCAGUUUCUCGCCCAACACGUACACCUUCACCAAAGGCCUAGCGGAGCAGAUUUGCUACGACUUCCAUCAGGAGCUUCCGUUGGUAAUUUUCCGGCCUUCGAUCGUUACCAACGCAGAAAAAGAACCCCUGCCCGGGUGGAUAGAUAACUUCAACGGCCCAAUCGGACUGCUGGUCGGUAUGGGAACCGGUGUGAUGCGAUCGGGAUGCAUCAAGCUGGAUAACCACAUCAACUGUAUCCCGGUGGACGUGAGCAUCAAAGCCAUUAUAAUAGCUGCGUGGAAGCGUGCCAAUAGUAGCAGCGCCCAGCCCAUCCUGCCCAUCUACAACAGUGCUGCCGACGUGUGCAAAACGGCCACCUACAAUUUUUUGGUAACUGACGGUGAAGAGCUGUACUACAAAACACCGACAUCGCAGGUUUUGUGGGCUCCAGGCGGAGUGAAUGCCAUUUGCUUGGAGGUGUACUACGUGGCGUUCUUUUUCUUACAAUUUCUGCCUUCGUUGGUAUUGGAUGCACUAAUCAAACUUAGUGGACACAAACCGAUGUCGUUACGAUUGCAGCGGAGAAUUUUCGAUGCAACUAUUUCGCUCAAGUACUUCACCGAUAACGAAUGGGUCUUCAAGACCGCCAACUUCCGUGGACUCCAGUUGGCACUGCUGGACCAGGACAGAGAGACCUUCGACAUCAACUACAUAACGAAAGGGCUGGUUUCGUACUACGCGGAUAGCAUCAUGGGAGCACGGCGCUAUUUGUUCAAGGAAAAGGAUGACACGAUCCCUGCAGCACGAAAGAAAAUUAUGCGAUUCAUGUGGAUAAAUAGAGUUAUAAAGUAUACACUAUUUUUCUUUCUUGGGUAUUUGCUUUUCUGUAAGAUUUCAGUGGCACUUUCAUAGUUGUAUAUUUUAUAAAUAAAAAAA